CAUUGUUUGACAAUAAUUCAAGAUCAAUUGAAAACAAAUGGCUCAUCUGAUCCAGCUCUUAGUCUUUUCCAUUGGGAGAUGGAGAUGUAAAUGAGUUGUCAAAUUCGGAAAUGGUGGAUUUCGAUGUGCAAACUUUCAUUGUAUUUUUAGUUUUCAUGUUGUCACUUGGCAUAUGUCAUGCUGAUAGGAAUCUGUAUUCUGGUUUGCAAUGUUCAGAAGCUGAUAAUUCAUCAGAAAGCUCAUUCGGAGUCAAUCUUGACAGCCUUCUCGAUUUACUGACCCAGAAAGGGCCUUUGAGUAAAGGAUUCUUUAAAACCACCGUAGGAAGGAGCUCAGGGAAGAUUUAUGGUCUUAUGCAAUGCAGAGGGGAUGUUUCUGCAGAAAAUUGUGCUAAUUGUACCAGAGAAUCUGUUGCAGUAGCCUUGCAUGAUUGCUCAAAGAGCAAAAAGGUUCAAGUUUGGUUCACAUGGUGCUUCCUUCGCUAUUCGAAUGAGCGUUUCUUCGGCGUUUGGGAUCAAUCUUCGGCAGCAAUAGUCAAUGAAACCGAUUUUGAUGAUGCAUCUGUCGUCUCAAAAGCUCUCACCUUCAUAAGUGAAGUAUCAAUAACAGCGCCGAAGCAGCCGUUGAUGUUUCAUGCAGCAGUGUUGGAUGCAGGACAAUUUGGGAAGAGGUAUGGCAUGGCUCAGUGCACCAGGGAUAUAAGUAGAACUGACUGCAGCCAUUGCUUGGAUACUCAGCUAAUGACAUUUAGAACCACGAUUGGAAAUAAGAGAGGAUGGGAGGUGUAUGGGUCCAGUUGUAGUAUGUGGUACCAUGAUUACCAGUUCUAUUCAAACUUUUCCAUCACUGCAAAUGAUGGUGCUAGGAGAUUGUCUUUGCAAGGAGUUGCAACUGGCAUAACAAUGGCAGUCCUAGUUUUUAUAUUAGUGCCAUAAUCAUUCAUUGGCUAUUCAAUCAUGUUGAGGUCAAAACCAUGGUCGGCAGCCAACAUGGUAAUUUCGACUGAUGCAGAAGGGCCCAUUAAAAUCAGAUAUGCAUAUUCUUCUGUAAUCUAUUUUCUUAGAAGAGACAAUUUCUUUUUAUAAUUGAUUUUUUUCCUGUUUGGCACUGGUUUUUAA